UUAUUGGAUUUCAAACCAGACGCUUCGUGCACGCGGCGUUCGACGACGCACACACACACACCCACACAGCGCUGGCAUUGAUAUACAUACACAGGCAGAUACACGACGCCCCAAGUUCGUGUGAUGUUGUGCUGUGGUGGUGCGAUUAAAUAAUACUCCACAAAAGGCCAAACAAAUUACAUAAAAUCUGAAUUGAAAUAAAAAUAAGUGUAUCCUCCGUGUUGUGUUCAAAGUAAAUAACCGAUUGUUUUCAUUAGUCAAAUUAAAGUAGUACAACGUAUGAGAGUGAGCCAGUUCCUAGAAAAAGAAGAGGACAUAAAAAAGUAACAGACACAUACAGCGUCUCGUUUCUUAUAAAUUUUCCUACUGCGUCGGAAUUAUUGUCUUGAUUAUUGUGGUUUUCUGGCGAACUUUGUGAUUUGUUUUCAACAAACAUACUGCGGCGGAUUAAUAAUUGUGCAAAUCAAGAGAAGCACAAGCAUCAAAGCAGAGAAAUAAAUAAAAUUAAAACCGCACACAUACAUCUACAAAGGCACGCGCAGAGCUGAAAAAAUACGCGCGCUUUGCACAGUGUGUGUGCGUGUACGCGCUGGCUGGCUCUUCUUCUUCCUUCGUGUGCCCAUUGGAAUUUGUACCCCAAAUCGAAAUUACAACAUACACAAACAGAGAGUGCCCGUCGAUGCCCCAGCACCUAAACAUUAACGGUGCACAGCAGCAGCUCCAAUUGCCAGGCAGUGGCGCUAGCGGAAUCGCAGCGGCAGCCGUAAUCUCGGUAGCAUCGGAUUGCGGCGAAAACUGCAGCAGUAAAGGCGUCGAGCAACAGCAGCACUUCAACAUUGCUACCACCACAGCAACUUCGGCGACAGCGGCAACAAUGCCGGCUAUGGCCAAGGAGAAAGCCUCAGCAACAGUGUCCUUGGGCGAGUCGAAUUUUAGAGAUAUCAACCUAAAAGACUUGGCCGUGGUCGUCGAAGCGGCGUCGCGGCUGCACCAACAGCAACACACGUGCGGCUGCGGAGCGGUAUCGGCCGCUGAGAACAACAACAACAGUCGCUACGGCAGUAGCAAGUAUCUAACAAACGGCCACACUUCGCCUUUGGCGGCAGCGGUUGCUAGCAACAGUUCGUCGGUGUCCACGACACCGAACUGCAGCAAGUUGCACAACUGCAGUCUGCAACAGUACGAGAAUGACAUAAGGCAGCAGACGGAGAUACUGGACAUGUUGCGGCAGCAGCAUCAGCAGGGCUACCAAAUGCAGCAACAGCAACAACAGCCGCAGCAGCAGCAGCAGCAACAACAACCGCAGCAGCAGCAGCAACAGCUACAGAAUCCUGCGCCCAGAAGGUCUCCGAACGAUUUCAUUUUCGGUCGUUACAUAGGCGAGGGCAGCUACAGCAUAGUUUACCUGGCCGUGGACAUACAUUCUCGCCGCGAGUAUGCAAUUAAAGUGUGCGAGAAGCGGCUGAUCUUGCGCGAACGGAAGCAGGACUACAUCAAGCGGGAACGCGAGGUGAUGCACCAGAUGACCAAUGUGCCCGGCUUCGUGAACCUGUCGUGCACCUUCCAGGACCAGCGUUCCCUCUACUUUGUGAUGACGUACGCACGCAAGGGCGACAUGCUGCCAUACAUCAACCGCGUGGGCAGCUUCGACGUGGCCUGCACGCGCCACUACGCCGCCGAGCUUCUGCUGGCCUGCGAGCACAUGCACCGUCGGAACGUGGUUCACCGUGACCUCAAGCCCGAGAACAUCCUGCUCGACGAGGACAUGCACACGCUGAUCGCCGACUUCGGGUCCGCCAAGGUGAUGACGGCCCAAGAAAGAGCGCUGGCCACUGAGCACUGUUCGGAGCAGCGGCGCAGCCACUCCGAUGACGACGACGAAGACAGCGACCGGCUGGACAACGAGGACGACGAGUACUACGAUCGCGAUUCGGAGGAGUUAGACGAUGGCGAGGGCGACGACGAGCAGCAGCAGGAAGAGAUGGACUCCCCGCGCCACCGACAGAGGCGUUACAACCGUCACCGAAAGGCCAGCUUUGUGGGCACUGCCCAGUAUGUUUCACCUGAAGUGCUCCAAAAUGGACCCAUAACUCCGGCGGCGGACUUGUGGGCACUAGGCUGUAUCGUCUACCAGAUGAUCGCCGGGUUACCGCCAUUCCGCGGCAGUAACGAUUAUGUAAUCUUUAAAGAGAUCCUGGAUUGCGCCGUGGACUUCCCGCAGGGUUUUGAUAAGGAUGCCGAGGACCUGGUGCGCAAGCUGCUCCGUGUGGACCCGCGAGACCGCCUGGGUGCUCAGGACGAGUUUGGCUACUAUGAAAGCAUUCGGGCGCACCCAUUCUUCGCCGGCAUUGACUGGCAGACGCUCCGUCAGCAAACCCCUCCCCCCAUCUACCCCUACCUGCCGGGUGUAAGCCAGGAUGAGGACUUCAGGUCCAGCUAUACUGUGCCCGGGGACUUGGAGCCGGGCCUUGACGAACGGCAGAUAUCGCGACUGCUUAGUGCAGAAUUGGGCGUUGGCAGCAGUGUGGCCGUACCCGUCAAGCGAUCAACCGCAAAGAACUCCUUCGACCUGAACGAUGCCGAGAAGCUGCAGCGCCUCGAGCAACAAAAGACUGACAAGUGGCACGUUUUUGCCGACGGCGAGGUGAUCCUUAAGAAGGGAUUUGUCAACAAGCGCAAGGGUCUGUUUGCCCGCAAGCGAAUGCUUCUGCUGACCACGGGACCGAGACUCAUCUAUAUCGAUCCAGUGCAGAUGAUCAAAAAGGGCGAAAUUCCGUGGAGCCCAGAUCUGCGAGCGGAGUACAAAAACUUCAAAAUAUUUUUUGUUCAUACGCCAAAUCGCACCUACUACCUAGAUGAUCCGGAAGGCUAUGCAAUCCACUGGUCGGAAGCCAUUGAAAGCAUGCGCAAGCUAACCUAUGAAGACCCUUCCUCCACAUCUGCAGUCUCCUGCUCCAGCGGAAGCAGCAAUAGCCUCGCUGUCAUCUCAAAUUCAUCCGCCGCCUCCUCAAGCAAUUCGCCCACGGCGCGUCGCAGUUCCCCCGUGAACGCUUCUCAAGCUUCGACGGCGUCCGACAAUCGGACAUUGGGUAGCACCAGAACGGGGACGUCACCAAGCAAGAAAACGGCGUCCAAGUAAACGUAGUCCUAUUUGUAGCAUUGUGAAAUUAAUUUAGUUGAAAUUUAGUGCAAACGAAGCGAUGGCGUAAAAGAGGGCGGGAAUAGAAGUAGAAGUAGCUGAUGACGGUGAACUAAUGAUCGUGUCUCUAGUGCUAAUUAGAACCCAAUUUCUGUUUUUCGUUUUAUAUUGUGCUGAAGGCGAAAAAUAGAACACUAACAUAAACUAAUCUAAAGUAAAUUACAUCUAUAACAACUAAGUAAAUUCAAUUUAAAAUUUAAAUUAAAUAUUUAUAUACAGCAUACAUAAAUACAAAUAUAUUCGUAUUUAGCGCGUAGUUAGUCACAAUUUAAAUGAAUUACCGAAUUAGGAUCGGAUCGAUAUGCUGAUCAGACCAGAUCGUUGAAAACGGAGGCAAGAUGGCAUUCUAGGCUUAAACUUAAACUUAUUUCGUAAAGUAAACUAAAAGCCGUAUUUAAAUUGUGAAAUACUAGAAAAUUGUCUGGAAACUGUAAUAUAAAAAAUAUCUGGAGAAAUGGGAUUUUUGUUUCUGUUAUCGUGACAAGAGGAUCACGUAUGUGUUUAUGUAAAUUUUGUAAACAUUGUAACUAUGUAAAGAAUUAUAUUAGCUAUAUAUAUAUGCGCACGGCAAAAAAAGCCUAAGACGUGGGGAAGAAGAUGGGGAAAAAGCCGGAAAACCAUCGAUGCCACAUAAAUAAUAAUUGGUGUUUUUCCAGCUUCACGCUCAACUUUCUUGGUAAUUCUAAUAUACAGCUUUACGCUAAUUAUCAAUAUUUAUCAUUGUCAUUAUGCUUUUCGUUUACCUAUUUGCCCUAUGAAGAAAUGUAUAAGACUUGAGCUACUCUAAUUGUAACCCCAAUGAAAGAACGAAUUUUGAAUUUGGUUUAAUUUUUAUUUUGUAAGGGCCGCCACUAGAAACUCAGCAGUCGUAGUUCCAAUUGUCAAGUCAUUGCGGUCGUUGUCUCCACCCGAUUCCAAUUGAGUUUGUAAAACAAGUCUUAUACAAAGUAAUGUGUAAUAGAUGUAAGUAAGACAGACUGGGAAGUUUCUAUAACUCUCGCGAAUUAGUUAAAUUUUGUAAUCGUCUAAGUUGCGCCCACUACUACUACUACUACUAGAACGCGCCUAUCCCCUCCCAUAUAUACCUUUAAGUUAUAGGAAUUAAGUUAUGAGCAGAGGUGUAGAGUAAGAAAUCGAAGUUGAAAGAAAGCAAAAAAUACAUUUUGUACAUACAUAUCGCCUUUGGUCGAUAUACAUCUAAACAUAAUUUAAUUUUUUUGUUACUUCUAAGUAAAUUAUUUUUGCUAACCUUAAGUAAAUUAAAAUUAACGCAAUAUGCAACAACACACAUAAGUAUACAAUUAAUUAAAUUAAACGAAAAUUACGAUUUAUUAAAAGAUGUCAUAGAACGAAGAGCCACUAAUAGUGAGAGAAACCUGUAAAAUAAAUAUUUAAACAAAUUAUAUAUUAUCUAUAUAUGAGUACCAGAACAAGAACGGCAAAAAGAGAAUCGUGUAAAAAUAAAUAUAUAUGUUACGAGUAAAGUACAUUGGUCGCAAGAAAAAAGAUAAACGAGCGAAAGGAACGUAUCAUUAACAGGAAAUAUUAAAGAAAAAUACAAAAACAUUUCAAAGUAACAAAAUUACAA